CACUCGUGAGCACGCGUCAGCCUUAGAUGAUGUGUGAAGCCACCUAUGCCUUAAAUAGGGAAGAUAGGCUUUUCAGAGGUACCUUGGGGAAAGUUCUGGCACAGAAAUGGCCAAGGAGAGAAAGCUCCAGAAGGGAAGAACAUCUCUCUCUGCUCUGCCAUUCUCUCUCACCUUCUCAGUCUCCAGUAAACUCUUUCCUUGGUUGGUUCUGUAAAUGGUGCUGGUCUCAGGCAGAUUCAUUCUCCAGGACUCUCAAAUGUCCUCGCUUCACACUACUCUCUGUUCAGUCCCUUAAUUUUGUUCUUCAUUCUAACAAACAAAUGAAAAACCCUAUUGCUCUUAAUCAGCUGGGAAUCUUAUCUGACAAAUGUCUUAAGUGUAAAGAUAGUCGUCAGUACCAUUAGCCAGCCCAUGCUGACUGUCCGUCCGGAGCCCUCUGUAGGAGGAAGGCCCCUGAGGCUCAUUGUAACCGCGUUCUUCACCGGCGGACAGCUCAGCUAAUGAAAAGAUGGACCCAGAAAAUAGUGGCCGGGCAGGUCUUGCUCUCCCAAACCCACAAGGGCCCUCCAGUGCACCUGAAAUUGAACUUUCAGAAGUAUCUCUCCAUGAAAACCCCUUACUACAGAAGGCUGCCUCAUCCCCACCAUGCCACACAUGGCUGAUAUUUUUGAAGAGGGAACUGGAGUUUCUGGGGGUAACACAAAUUCUGGUUGGCUUGAUAUGUCUUUGUUUUGGAACAAUUGUCUGCUCCGUGAUCAAUAUUUCAGAACUUAAGGAAGAUGUUUUUUCAUCAUUUAAAGCAGGCUACCCAUUCUGGGGAGCCGUGUUUUUUGCUAUUUCUGGAUUUUUGCCAAUUAUAUCUGAAAAGAAACACACUACCUGUCUGGUGUGGGGAACCCUGUGGGCCAACACUGUCAGCAGCAUAGCUGCCGGAAUAGGAAUCUUCAUCCUGACGGUCAACCUGAAGAAGAGCUCUGCUUUUAUCUACAACUGCCAGGAAGUUUAUGGAGAGGACUUCUGCUUUAUGGCUUGUUUUUCCACUGAAAUUGUGGCAAUGAUCCUGUUUCUCACCAUUCUGGGAUUUUGUAGUGCCGUGUCCCUCAUAAUAUAUGGGGUUGGAGAAGUAGUCCAAGGGAACAAGAUUGCAGAAGAUCGUCUUUAUGAGGAAUUAAACAUAUAUUCACCGAUUUACAGUGAGUUGGAAGACAAAGUGGAGGCCUCUUCUCCAGCUGAUUCAUAAGAAUUGUGUCUUCAGACCAUCCUGACUCAUGGCAAAGUUCUAGAAUAGGCCAAGAUCUUUGUUUAAGGGGCUAUUGGCAAAAUUUCAGUUCUGUCUAUGGUCUUCCAGGUUUACAUUAAGACUUAUUCUCCAGAUGGUAAUAUUCUGUCUGAGGUUUCUGUUCACCUAAACUUCCUCCUACCCCGCCCAUUUGUGGAUAUGUGAUAGACUCCUACUUUUCUUGUUUCCUAUUGCUAUCAUGUAUAGGAACUUUUGUGGGAAAUCAACAUGUAAUCAGCAAGUAUUAGCUGUGUGCCUGUAACACCCACUAAACAAGUGGAAGGCUGGUUGAGAGCUGAGUCAAACUUUGACAGUUUUGGAACACCUGGGUGACUCAGUGAGUUAAGGGUCAGACUCUUGAUUUUGGCUCAGGUCAUGAUCUCCUGGG